AUGGCGAUGGAGGUCGACGAGCCAGUACGGGCCACAAGUGCUCGCAAACGCCGGCUGACACAACCUCUCGACGAAGACGAGGACGAAGGUCCAGACUGGUCACACUACGACGCCACAACUGCAUCGAGCAAGAGGUCUCGUGCAGGUGCCGGCCAUGCUGUCGAGCGACGAAGGGCCCUGGCUCUGGUCGUCCACGGCACGCCCGCAGAUUCUUGGACGUUCAACAAGCUCCUCACCCAGAUCCUGCCAAUUCACACAAUCGAUGCAGUCCAACUUGAGGCAGACGAGAGCCUACAAGACUUUCUGGCAGCAUAUGCUGGACCAUCAGAUCUUGUCACCUUGCUCGAUGCCGAAGGCAACUGUAUAUGGGACAGCUGCGAACUGCAUGAGCGGCAUACGGGCGGCUCUACCGAAUCUCGUUUGCAUCACAUUGAAGCUGCUAUAGCAUCCAACUUACGCAGUCUGAAGACUGCAGAAGACAUGAAAAUCGCUAUGUACUAA